UUCCGGUAGCCUUGGUGCGGCUGUUGUGUUUGCGUUCGUGGUGGUGUCUGUAGCGCGUGCUUGCCGUUAUGCCUGAACCGGCAAAAUCCGCUCCGGCGUCCAAGAAGGGCUCGAAAAAAGCUGUCACCAAAGCCCAGAAGAAGGACGGCAGGAAACGCAAGCGCAGCCGCAAGGAGAGCUAUUCCAUCUACGUGUACAAAGUGCUGAAGCAAGUGCACCCGGACACCGGCAUCUCGUCCAAGGCCAUGGGCAUCAUGAACUCGUUCGUCAACGACAUCUUCGAGCGCAUCGCGGGCGAAGCGUCGCGCCUGGCGCAUUACAACAAGCGCUCGACCAUCACGUCCCGGGAGAUCCAGACGGCCGUGCGCCUGCUGCUGCCCGGCGAGCUGGCCAAGCACGCCGUGUCCGAGGGCACCAAGGCGGUCACCAAGUACACCAGCUCCAAGUGAGUUCCUGCCGGGAUGCGGCGCUCGCACGAGGCGCCGAGCCGCUUGACUUUCCAAAGGCUCUUUUCAGAGCCACCCACUUUUUCAGUGGAAGAAGCUGUUAUCCAAUUUAUUUUCAUUUUCUGUUAUGGUUCUUUUCCGUAUCACUUACUCCUUUCAUAGUGUAAAUUUGCCCUCUUCCUUAGGAUGAAGGGAAAAACCCAAGGUAGGACCAGAUUUUGUAGAUCGGUUAAGAACUAGUUAGAGUAAUUGUUCAUUCUCAUGCAAGUAACUUGCCUUUUCCAGUGAAACGGUUAGCGAUGGGUGAUGGAUCAGUGUAAAUCUACUCAGGAGGAUGGGGUAAAAAGUUAAGCAGUGGUUGUUCUGCAGCAAUUAGAUUGGGUCAAUACUUUGUAAAUGCAUUUUUCUUGAGCUCAGGAAACUAAAUGUAAUGUUACUGUUUAAAAAAAAAAAAGCAAUACCUUGACCACACCCCAGCACGUAUAGAAAAUCUAUAAGUCGACUAAAAAAAACACAGUCUGCGUUAAGAAUCAAGUUUUAUUCGGCGACUUGCUGAGGACUAAGCCCAAGAGACAGCCUUUCAGAUAGCUCUGAGGGACUGUUCCAAGGCGGUAUGGGAGGAACCAGAAUAUAUACCACUUUUGCAAAAACAAACCAGGUAGCUGAACAUCAAAAGAAUUCUAAUUAAUGAAAAAAAACCCAAACUAUCUCAAGUUAAUAAAUUUAGCACUUCUCUAUGGGAAGGUGAAAGAGUGGGCUGAUUGAAAUCAUUCAUUCGAUAUGCACCUUAACUGUCUAGGCCCAGUAUCCUGUUUUUCUCCAUCCUGAAUCCCCUCAGGGUGCACAGUUGAGGUGGCUGCAGCGCCUGAUGGCUUGAUGGCCACAACAUCCUUUGAUUACUGAUAUGGCAGGUGACAUUUUUCAUCCACAUUUCAUCUAGACAAUUUUUAGUCUAGACACACGUCGUGUCUCACUUUGCUAUUCCUUUCGGUUAAUAUUUGAACAGAGGCCUGAAUGAAGAAAGUAAGCCAUAGGAUAUCUUGGAGAAGAGUACUCUAAGAACAAAAAACAGCAAGUGCAAAGGCCCUGAGGCAGGCACAAGUUUGAGGAGUUCAAGGAAUAAGCAAGGCCACUGUGGCUAAAGCACAGUGAGCAAAGGAAAGAUCUGCAGGGAAAUGUGAUCAGAAAGGUAGUUGAGAGUCAUUAUGUAUGCCAUUGAGAGGCUUCUAGGGCAUUGCAAAGAUUUUGUCUUUAAUUCUAAGUAGGUUAGAGUGCCUUUGGAGAGUUUGAUCAGAGUAAUGACAUUAUUCGAUUUACGCUAAAGCUCACCCAGGAUGCUAUGUUGAAAAAUAGACUAUAGGUGAGCAAGAGUAGAGGCAGGGAGAAUAUCAAAAGGGCUACAGUAAUAGCUCAGGAGAGAGAUGGGUGGUAGCCGUGGAGAUGAUGAAAAGUAGUCAAGAUAUAUUUUAAAUGAAACUGAUGAACUGUAUAUAGGUUAUGACAGAAAGAGAGGAAUCAAGGAUUUUUUUUUUAAUUAUUUAUUUAUUUAUUUAUUGGCUGCAUUGGGUCUUUGUUGCUGCGCGCGGGCUUUCUCUAGUUGCGGCGAGCGGGAGCUACUCUUUGUUGCGGUGUGCAGGCUUCUCGUUGCGGUGGCUUCUCUUGUUGUGGAGCACGGGCUCUAGGCGCACGGGCUUCAGUAGUUGUAGCACGCGGACUUAGCAGUUGUGGCUCGCGGGCUCUAGAGUGCAGGCUCAGUAGUUGUGGCGCACGGGCUUAGUUGCUCCGCGGCAUGUGGGAUCUUCCCGGACCAGGGCUUGAACCCGUGUCCCCUGCAUUGGCAGGCGGAUUCUUUUUUUUUUUUUUUUUUAAUUAAUUUUAUUUAUAUUUAUUUUUUGGCUGUGUUGGGUCUUUAUUUCUGUGCGAGGGCUUUCUCCAGUUGCGGAGAGCGGGGGCCACUCUUCAUCGCGGUGCGCGGGCCUCUCACUGUCGCGGCCUCUCUUGUUGCGGAGCACAGGCUCCAGACUCGCAGGCUCAGUAGUUGUGGCUCACGGGCUUAGUUGCUCCGCGGCAUGUGGGAUCUUCCCAGACCAGGACUCGAACCCGUGUUCCCUGCAUUGGCAGGCAGACUCUCAACCACUGCGCCACCAGGGAAGCCCGCAAUCAAGGAUUAAUUGCAGGUUCUUGGACUGAGCACUUGGAAAGAGCUGCAACUUACUGAUACGAGAGGCAAGUAGGUUUGGAGGGGGAAAGCCUAGAGUAAUGUCUUGGACAAAAUUUUGAGACUACUGGUAGCUAUCCAGGUGGAAAUAUCAAAUAGGAAAUACCAAAUUCCCAAGUUGGGAAUAUGAAAUAUGAGAACUGGAGUUCAAGGAAGAGAAAGGACAAAGGGGUAGAUUAUAAAACCCCGAUUCUUGCUCAUUUGUAGGUGAUCUAUCCUUUUUUUUCUGGAUGCUUUUAGAAUCGCUAUAACAUGUCUAGAUAUGGUUUUUUCCAUAUCUAGCUUUGGUCUCAGUGUUUCACUAAAAUCCCCUAUCCAACUUCAGUUUCAACCUCCAACCUUAGAAGGCAGAAUAAUGAAAUGUCUAAAUCAAUGUUAAUUGGGCAUCCCUUGGCUAGUGCAACCACAUAAGUCAGUUACCUCUAAUAAUUGUAGCAAAGUAUGAACAAAGGAUAUCAUUCAGAGUUCUAGUUAAUAUAUAGAUGAUCACUCUCAAACAUACAUAAAACUUUUAAAUAUAAUUGAGUAAAAAAAUCUAUCUAUUUCAAAAUCUAUGUUGAAAUUCUAUCAGUUAACAUACUGUGAAAAUAAAAUGUAAUAAUUAACGUCUAUGAAAGUUUU